ACACAGCGCAAUUAACAGUUUAAAGCUCCGCGUGUUUUGGGAAUAUUUUUAGUGAAUUACUUAACUUACAAAUAGGACAACUCUACUAAGAAUAACUGUUUUCAUCAUUGCUCGGGUUUAUUAUUGCCAAUAUUUUUAGAAGGAUGUCACCCAGUGACUCCAAACAAAGUCUCCGACCUUGCCAAAAUGUCGGAGGUCAUCCUGCUGAUGGGGCGAAUCCCUUUUCCUUUGCCACCUUCUCUUGGAUGAAUGACAUCAUGUCUUCCCAUGUUGUCCCACAGUUGUCGUCAAGAGAGGGGGUCGAGCGGAACGUGGAAACCUUGCGGCUGGCCUUGGAGGGGGGAAAGCCUGUGGGAACUGCGUUGUGGUCCUUGGUUCGAAAAAGAGUCUAUUUUACCACCUUCGUCUACCUGUCCUCCAUCGUCCUCGGCUUCAUUGGCCCCACGCUGUUGAUGAGGAGAGUGCUGACAUUCACAGCGUCCUCUGAGGCUGGAAAAUGGGAGGGGUUGACCUGGGUCGGUCUGCUUAUCCUGUGCGAAUUUGGACGUGUUCUUCUCUUCACCCUCACGUGGGCUCUGAGUUACAGAACAGCCCUUCGUCUCAGGGCUGCCACCAUGGGGCUGGUGUACAGGAAGCUUCUUCGAGUUCAUAGUCCACUUGGGGAAGCGGAGGCAUCCAAGAUGAUAAACGUGAUUGGAACAGACUGUGGGAGAAUCUACGAUGCGGUGGUGUUAGGUCAGGUGGCUAUCGCAGGACCAGUUGUCCUCAUCUUAUCAGCAAUUUACAUUGUGUGGGAGUUGGGGUGGUUUUCCUUGCUAGGAAUGAUUGUCUUCCCUCUGGCUUAUCCCCUCCAGUACUUGUUGGCUCGUGGAAGUGGAUCCUUUAGGCGACGAGGUAUGGAGGCACAAGACUCUCGCAUUUCAAUUCUUACUCAGAGCUUGCACAAUAUCAAAUUUCUCAAAAUGUUUGGUUGGGAACCACAUUUUCAUCGACUUGUCGCAAAAUUUAGGGCGCGUGAGGUCACGUGCCUUCGAGGAAGUGGUCUCCUGAGUAGUGCGAGUACCGUUCUCGGGCCGACGCUGCCUCAUGUUGGAGUCAUUAUCACAUUCCUGAUUUAUCUCAAUUCUGGAACGCUUACCCCCGCUCAGUGUUUUACCAUCCUGUUCGUCUUCUCGCUGGUUGGGUAUUCAGUACGGGCGGUGAAUCAAUUGGCCGACAUUCGCUAUAACACAAAAAUUUCAACUCAAAGACUUCAGAGCCUGCUUCGUCUCCCAGAAGUUGGGGACUGUCAUAACCACUGGUUAUCCAGUGAUCGUCUCGACCCCGAUGCUGCUGUCCAGCUGGAAAACGCGACAUUGACAAUUGCUCGCCGAGUAGAAGAAGCUGAUGCUGAUGAGUCAAAGCUUUUAGACAAAGGCCACCACGACGUUGGCAGUUUCCACCUCAAUUCUUUAACUAUUGUGAUAAAAAGAGGUAGCAUUGUGGGAGUCUGCGGUUGUGUUGGAAGUGGCAAGAGUACCUUAUUAGAAGGUAUAGCGGGAUGUAUCAUGCCAACCGAGGGCUACCUUCACGUCGUAGGUCGUGUAGCAUAUGUUCCGCAAACGCCGUGGUUAUUCAAGGGCACAAUCCGAGAAAAUAUCGUAUUUGGAGAACCAUUUGAUUCCAUACGUUAUUACAACACGGUGGAUGCUUGUUGUUUAACUCCAGACUUUGGAAGUCUGCCCCUUGGAGAUCUCACAGAGAUUGAUGGGAAUGGGAGCAAUCUAAGCGGUGGACAACGCUCAAGAGUGGCACUUGCAAGAGCAGUAUAUUCCUUCAAUCGUGAUAUUUUUGUGUGGGAUGACCCCUUCUCGUCACUGGAUGCCAAGGUGGCCAUAACGAUUUGGGACCGUGUGGUCAAAGGGCUUCUCCGACAGUAUACACUCGUCGUAUCCACGCACUUACCCCAGUUUCUGGAACAAUGUGACCAAGUCGUCCUCCUCCAAGGAGGAACUAUUGCUCUGUCAGGAACUCAUCAAGAACUUAUUCUCCGUCAGACCACGUCGCCACACAAGAACUACGCACAACUUCUUCACUCUCAGAGCUCUCAUAUUUCAUUGGAAGAAAAAGUUGAGUCGUUCUCUGACAUCGACGCGUGUUCCACACUACGAAAGAAAAGGGAUAGCCCCCACCAGGGGCCUGCUAGCAAUGAAGGGUCCAUUCCGUGGUCAGUGGUAAAUCUCUGGGUGGGUGGAGCGGGUGGCAUACUUGUCAUGCUGGCUCUUCUUUUCGUUUUUGCCAUCUCCAUUGGAUCCACUGCAUUUUCCUCUUGGUGGUUGAAAUACUGGUUCAGAACUCCAUCAUUCCCUCCGAUUAUGCUGAACAAUGCAACGGAUGGUUCAACGCCUCCCAGCCAGAUAAUUCAACAGCCUGAAGAAAUCAUAAGCGCGGAUCAAGACGAUAACCGCUUUGUGAUGUAUCGGAACGUGUAUGCAGCCAUGAUCGGUGUCAUCUUUAUCACAGCUUUGUUCCGCGCCGUAUUUUUUGCUAUUACAUGUGUUAAAGCCUCGAAAUCAAUUCAUGAAAAAAUGUCUUUGCAUCUUUUUCGGAGUCGCCUCAAAGUGGUUGACCGUUUAGGAUUUGGUCACUUAGUUAACCUAUUUUCCAGGGAUAUUGGUGAAGUUGACUGGAGUUUACCCACCACAUUGGAACAGUUUCUACAAAAUGUAUUCAUUAUUUUGGCAAUAUUUUGUCUCGUAUCAAUCGUCUUCCCCAUAUUUCUUGCCCCCCUUGCCAUUCUCUCUCUCAUCUUCGUAUGGGUCCGUUCCAUUUACAAAUCGGCAAUACGAGUUCUAAAACGGGUGGAAACAGAAGCCAAGACGCCUAUUUUCUCCAAAAUGGGGGAAACCAUUCAGGGGCUGGCGACUAUUCGGUCAUAUGGCAAGCAAACCCUGCUCACCAGAUCCUUCGAAGAGUCGGUUGACGAUUUUCAGGCCGUCGCCUACACGUCGUCCGGCGCCAUCCGCUGGCUCGCUAUUCGACUCGACUGCUUGGCCGUAGCGGUCACCGGAUUAACGGCCAUCUUGGUCCUUCUCUUCCACGGAUCCGUGUCCGCCGCAGCCGCCGGCCUCGCACUCGCUUAUGCGGCCCAACUCUCUGGGGUAUUCCAAUUUACUGUGCGUUUAGCUUCAGAGACAGAAGCAAAGUUUGUAUCAGUGGAAAGAAUCCACAAAUUCCUCAUGAUACCCACAGAAGAAGGGAGGGAUAUCUAUCCUAACAAUAGUAAUAAUGCAAACUACUCCUCCUCUGACGACGAUCCACUCUUAUCUACUUGGCCGUUCUCUGGGAGAAUUAAAUAUGACGCUGUGACGUUGACAUAUUCGUCCGAUGCCAGACCGGCCCUGAAUCAAGUCUCAUUUGAGGUAAUGCCUGGCCAAAAAGUUGGUGUCGUUGGGCGAACAGGUUGUGGUAAAACUUCCUUGGGCAACGCUCUCUUCCGUCUCAAUGAACUUUGGAGCGGUGAAAUUUUCCUUGACGGAGUUAACAUUGCAACCGUGCCGGUGAAAAGGCUGAGGGAAUCCUUGUGCGUCGUUCCACAAGAACCUGCCGUCUUCCCAGUUAGCGUGCGCCAUAACUUGGACCCAGGGGAAGAACAUGGCGAUGCGAAACUGUGGGAAGUGUUACGAAAGGUUGGGCUGGUUGACGUUGUAGAAAGUUUGGAUACCGAGAUGGGGUUCAGCUUAGGUCAACAGCAACUCCUCUGUGUGGCUCGAGCUCUCCUUCGUAAUGCAAAAGUAGUGUUCUUGGACGAGGCAAUAAGUAGUGUCGACGCUGAAACGGGUGCAGUCAUUGAUCGUUUACUCGCAACAGAGUUUGAAGAUGCUACUGUUUUUCUCGUUGCACAUCGCAUGUCAGCCUUAUCUCGUUGUGAUGUAAUUCUGCUGCUAGAGGACGGUCAAGUACGGGACUUUGGUCCCACAGAGACUGUCACCAAGAAGUCAGAAUUUAUUGCCAAUUUCGAUCACUUUGAACGCAUUCCGUUGUGACUUUUUACUUGGAUACUUAUCUAAUUUUAAUGAAUUAUAAAAUCAAUAUCAAUAAACGCUAUUUUAUGAACACAUACGA